UCAUCUCAGUACCAUAAGAAUCACAGGGUCAGGUUGACAUUACACUCACAACCCACAAUGCCGGCCACAACUGAGGAAACGUUGGCAUUAUCACAAACACUCGUACAGGUACAUCCGCUUGUGUUACUUUCGGUGGCCGAUCAUGCUUCCAGAAGUGCAGGUGGAUCACGAAAACGUGUACUUGGUGUUCUGUUAGGACAAGAUAACGGAAAAACAAUCAACGUUGCAAACAGUUUUGCCGUCCCUUUUGAAGAAGAUGAAAGUUCAGGUGGUGCUUCAGGGAAGAGUAAUUGGUUCUUGGAUCAUGAUUAUAUCGAAGCAAUGAUGGCAAUGUAUAAAAAGAUUAACGCUCGUGAAAAGUUGGUUGGUUGGUAUCAUACAGGACCAAGACUACGUGCAUCUGAUCAAGAAAUUAAUGAUUUAAUGAAACAACUCAUACCCAGACCAGUAAUGGUUAUCGUUGAUCCUCGUUCUCGCGACACAGGUAUUCCAACAGAUGCAUAUUUUGCCAUUGAAGAAAUCAAAGAUGACGGAACGGCAACACAACGGACAUUCUUACAUGCUCCUUCCACAAUCGUUGCAGAAGAAUCAGAAGAGAUUGGUGUUGAACAUUUGUUGCGUGAUAUUCGGGAUACAACUACAGUAGGAUCACUUUCGAGUAGAGUUACACAUCAAUUGCAGUCACUACGUGGACUAUCGUCUAGACUGAACGAGAUCAAGGGAUACUUGGAAGCGGUAGCUCGUGGAGAUCUACCGGUCAAUCAUCAAAUCAUCUACAACCUACAAGAUAUCUUCAACCUGCUUCCUGAUUUGGACAAGAGUGAUUCAUCAAAGAGUUUCAGUAUCGCACAGAAUGAUCAACUACUGGUUGUGUAUUUGAGCAGCUUGAUUCGUUCAGUGAUUGCUUUGCAUGGAUUGGUCAACAAUCGUGCAGAGAACGCUCGCGGAGAAGAAGAGCAAGAGGAAGUACCAAAAGAAGAGAAGAAAGAGGGUGCAGAAGGGGAUGCGAAAGAAUCUGGCGAAAAAGGUGACGCCAAGAAGAAAGACGGGAAGUCAUAGUGUGUUUUGUUACCCAAUGUAUAGAAUCUCGACCAAUUCAAACUAUUCGCAUUAUUGAAAUCUAG